CCAUAGACACCGCAGCGGCAGCUUCGUCACUGGCGCUACUUCCACCGCUGGUGCUGGUGCGGCCGCUGAAGUUGGCAGCGCCGCCUGCAGCCGCCAUGAGGCAGCGCGGACAGCAUCCACCGAUGGUGGCAGCGCCGCCCGCAGCCGCCAUGAGACAGCGCGGACAGCAUCCACCGAUGGUGGCAGCGCCGCCCGCAGCCGCCAUGAGACAGCGCGGACAGCAUCCACCGAUGGUGGCAGCGCCGCCCGCAGCCGCCAUGAGACAGCGCGGACAGCAUCCACCGAUGGUGGCAGCGCCGCCCGCAGCCGCCAUGAGACAGCGCGGACAGCAUCCACCGAUGGUGGCAGCGCCGCCCCCAGCCGACAUGAGGCAGCACGGUCGGCAGCGGCCGAAGGUGACAGCGCUGCCCGCACCCGCCAUGAGACAGCGCGGUCGGCAGCGGCUGAAGGUGGCAGCGCGGUCGGCAGACGCCGAAGGUGCCAGCGCCACCCGCAGCCGCCUUGAGGCAGCGCGGUCAGCAGCUGCCGAAGGUGCCAGCCCCGCCCGCACCCGCCUUGAGGCAGCGCAGUCAGCAGCCGCCGAAGGUGGCAGCGCGGCCGGCAGCGGCCGAAGGUGACAGCGCCGCCCGCAGCCGCCUUGAGGUAGCGCGGUCUGCAGCCGCUGAUGUUGGCAGCGCCGUCCGCAGCCGCCUUGAUGCAGCGCGAUCAGCAGCCGCCGAAGGUGGCAGCGCCGCAUGCAGCCGCCAUGAGGCAGCACGGUCCGCAGCCGCCGAUGUUAGGAGCGGAGACAGCAGCGGCCGAAGGUGGCAGGACCGCCCGCAGCCGCCAUGAGGGCAGCGCAGUCAGCAGCUGCCGAAGCCGCCGAAGGUGAAAGCGCUGCCCGCAGCCGCCUUGAGGCAGCGCAGUCGGCAGCCGCCGAUGGUGCCAGCGCCGCCGCAGCCGCCAUGAUGCAGCGCGAUCAACAGCCGCCGAAGGUGGCAGCACCGCAUGCAGCCGCCAUGAGGCAGCACGGUCCGCAGCCGCCAUGAGGACAGCGCAGUCAGCAGCUGCCGAAGGUGGCAGCGCAGCCCGCAGCCGCCAUAGGGCAGCGUGGUCAGCAGCCGCCGCAGGUGGCAGCGCCGCCCCCAGCCGCCGCAGGUGAAAGCGCGGUCCGCAGCCGCCGAAGGUGAAAGCGCUGCCCGCAGCCGCCAUGAGACAGCGCAGUCAGUUGCUGCCGAAGGUGACAGCGCCGCCCGCAGCCGCCUUGAGGCAGCACAGUCAGCAGCCGCCGAAGGUGGCAGCGCGGUCCGCAGCCGCCUUGAGGCAAGACAGUCAGCAGCCGUUAUAGGUGGCAGCACCGCCGGCAGCCGCCCCAGGCAGCGCGGUCGGCAUCCGCCAAAGGUGACAGCGCCGCCCGCAGCCGCCGCAGGCGAAAGCGCGGUCCGCAGCGCUCGUUGGUGGCAGCGCCGCCCGCACCCGCCGAAGGUGGCAGCGCCACCCGCACCCGCCUUGAGGCAGCAAAGUCAGCAGCCGCCGAUGGUGGCAGCGCCGCCCGCAGCCGCCAUGAAGCAGAGCGGUCAGCAGCGGCCGAAGGUGACAGCACGCGCGGUCAGCAGCGGCCGAAGGUGAAAGCGCCGCCCGCACCCGCCAUGAGACAGCGCGGUUGGCAGCGACCGAAGGUGGCAGCGCGGUCCGCAGCCGCCAAAGGUGACAGCGCCGCCCGCAGCCGCCAUGAGACAGCGCGGACAGCAUCCACCGAUGGUGGCAGCGCCGCCCCCAGCCGACAUGAGGCAGCACGGUCGGCAGCGGCCGAAGGUGACAGCGCCGCCCGCACCCGCCAUGAGACAGCGCGGUCGGCAGCGGCCGAAGGUGGCAGCGCGGCCGGCAGACGCCGAAGGUGCCAGCGCCACCCGCAGCCGCCUUGAGGCAGCGCGGUCAGCAGCUGCCGAAGGUGCCAGCCCCGCCCGCACCCGCCUUGAGGCAGCGCAGUCAGCAGCCGCCAUAGGGCAGCGUGGUCAGCAGCGGCCGAAGGUGGCAGCGCGGUCCGCAGCCGCCUUGAGGGAGGACAGUCAGCAGCCUCCAAAGGUGGCAGGACCGCCCGCACCCGCCUUGAGGCAGCGCAGUCAGCAGCCGCCGAAGGUGACAGCGCCGCCCGCAGCCGCCUUGAGGCAGCGCGGUCCGCAGCCGCCAAAGGUGACAGCGCCGCCCGCACCCGCCAUGAGACAGCGCGGUCAGCAGCGGCCGAAGGUGGCAGCGCGGUCGGCAGCCACCGAAGCCGCCUUGAGGCAGCGCAGUCAGCAGCCGCCGAAGGUGGCAGCGCCGCCCGCAGCCGCCUUGAGGCAGCGCGGUCGGCAGCGGUCGAAGGUGGCAGCGCCGCCCGCAGCCGCCAUGAGGCAGCUCGGUCCGCAGCCGCGAUGAGGCAGCUCGGUCCGCAGCCGCCAAAGGUGACAGCGCCGCCCGCAGCCGCGGAAGGUGGCAGCGCGGACCGCAACCGCCUUGAGGCAGCGCCGCCCGCAGCCGCCGAAGGUGGGAGCGCGGUCCGCAGCCGCCUUCAGGCAGCGUGGUCUGCAGCCGCCGAAGAUGGCAGCGCGGUCGGCAGCCGCCGAAGUUGGCAGCGCCGCCGCAGCCGCCAUGAUACAGCGCAGUCAGCAGCGGCCGAAGGUGACAGCGCCGCCAGCAGCCGCCGGAGGUGGCAGCGCCGCCCGCAGCCACCGAAGGGGACAGCGCCGCCCGCAGCCGCCAUAGGGCCGCGUGGUCAGCAGCCGCCGAAGGUGGCAGCGCCGCCCGCAGCCGCCAUGAGACAGCGCAGUCAGCAGCUGCCGAAGGUGACAGCGCCGCCCGCAGCUGCCGAAGGUGACAGCGCCGUCCGCAGCCGCCGAAGGUGGCAGCGCGGUCCGCAGCCGCCUAAAGUGCCAGCGCCGCCCGCAGCCGCCAUGAGACAGCCAAGUCAGCAGCCGCCGAAGGUGGUAGCGCCGCAUGCAGCCGCCGAAGGUGACAGCGCCGCCCGCAGCCGCCAUGAGGCAGCGGGGUCGACCACCCGCAGGCGUUCCGACGCCUGCUGCUGGCAGCGCUGCGGCCGUUGCUGCUACGCGCUACUGCCAGCCGCACGCACGCUUAGAGGUUGCCUCCGCCAUUGCAGCCCAGAGGGGCGCGGCGCACAGGGGCGCGGCGCAGCAGCCACGGCUGGUCAAUGACCUAGCCGGGGCGCACAGCAGCUACCCCUAAAACACUGCUCGCUGACAGUGAGGCGCCCAGCCACUAGGGCAUUGCGAGCGAGUGUGGCGUUGCGGUGUGUCUGUGUGGUGCUAUCGCCUGGCCGGGCGCCCGGAGCGUGAGGAAUGCGCAUCAGCAAACUUCCAGCCAGCCAGCAACUUGUCGGUACAGUAACUUCGGUGUUCGACCAGCCAUGCACUUCUGCUCUGCCGCUGCAAACUGUUUGCUGUUUGCUUGGGGUAUGGGCGUCCGCUGCACCCUACGGGACCUCGCCAACCUGCCUAAACCCUGUCCCAUCACACGCCCAGCUAGGGCUGCGCCGCACUGCUGCUGCCCGGACGCCAAGUGCCCCGCGGGUCAAGCAAGCAGUCAACCGCCAAGUGGGCAGCAAGAGGGCAGGGAGGAGCGCAGACCGAAGCGUCCAGGUUUCACACACCCGUUAUCGCGACCUAUCAAUCCGGAGUCGCUAAGCACAACCAACUGCGCGUGAAGGCUGCAACACGGGGCUCGUAACCUUUUGGAGAUUUGCGGUCGGCUGGCUGGAACUCGCAGCAGGGUGCUGUACAUGGCACUGGCACGCAUAGGCAGAGUCCAUUCCGGGACGCCUCCGAUACGGGAAGACCCUUCACAUGCAUGUAUGCACAUAUUGUCUGACAUGUUUGUAACGCAACCACAAGCUAGGGGCCGUGGUGCCAGCCCUUGCAGUCCCCCAUGUGGCUCUACUCUUCUCCCCUGACCUCACAUGGGUCAGGGUCAGGUAUCAUUCUGGCUGUCAAAUAAUGUGCAGCUAUACUAAGCGCAUUCUGUUUGCAUUGUAUAUGAAUUCUGGGCUUUGGAAGUGCAAGCAAAAGCAGCCACAACAGGUUGGCAUGUGACGACCAGCGUGCCUCCAGCCCCUUGCAGGCCUGCAGUGGCGCCAAGUUGACAACCGCUGCACUAUGGCGACCUCCAGCUUGUGCCAACCAUACAACGGCAGUCGCUAUAUGUAUGUAAUUGAUAGCCAGGCCAAACGGCUGCGUGGCUGGACUGCUGCACUCACUCACGUGGCCCCUGGCAGCAGGGUGACCUAAAUCGGGGUUUUAAGGGGUUUUGCGGGAUUUGAAAAGUGUGACAUGUCAGAAAUGAUAUGCACAGCAUAAAUAGCAUAAUUUCAGCAAGAAUAAUUGUUAGAGUCACUUGUGGGUGAUCAUGAUGUGAUUUGGGGGCAUAGCAAUGACCCAGUGCUUCCUUGUCACGCGUCAGUAGGCGGGAAGGGAUGGGACUUCCAUUGCCCCGCAUGCUAGCACCACUGUGGCAUGCCGUUCACCCAGAUCCAUUUGUAUACUAUAUUGUGCUGUGUUGCAUGUUGACAGAUUGCACAUGCAUGGUGUGCAAGCACAUGCUGCUCAGCCCCCUUGGCAUGCCACACGGGGGGCUGUGUUGCCUAACCCACCAUCCAACCUGCCUGCCCCACUCACCCCUGUGCAAGACCCUUCACAUGCAUGUAUGCACAUAUUGUCUGACAUGUUUGUAACGCAACCACAAGCUAGGGGCCGUGGUGCCAGCCCUUGCAGUCCCCCAUGUGGCUCUACUCUUCUCCCCUGACCUCACAUGGGUCAGGGUCAGGUAUCAUUCUGGCUGUCAAAUAAUGUGCAGCUAUACUAAGCGCAUUCUGUUUGCAUUGUAUAUGAAUUCUGGGCUUUGGAAGUGCAAGCAAAAGCAGCCACAACAGGUUGGCAUGUGACGACCAGCGUGCCUCCAGCCCCUUGCAGGCCUGCAGUGGCGCCAAGUUGACAACCGCUGCACUAUGGCGACCUCCAGCUUGUGCCAACCAUACAACGGCAGUCGCUAUAUGUAUGUAAUUGAUAGCCAGGCCAAACGGCUGCGUGGCUGGACUGCUGCACUCACUCACGUGGCCCCUGGCAGCAGGGUGACCUAAAUCGGGGUUUUAAGGGGUUUUGCGGGAUUUGAAAAGUGUGACAUGUCAGAAAUGAUAUGCACAGCAUAAAUAGCAUAAUUUCAGCAAGAAUAAUUGUUAGAGUCACUUGUGGGUGAUCAUGAUGUGAUUUGGGGGCAUAGCAAUGACCCAGUGCUUCCUUGUCACGCGUCAGUAGGCGGGAAGGGAUGGGACUUCCAUUGCCCCGCAUGCUAGCACCACUGUGGCAUGCCGUUCACCCAGAUCCAUUUGUAUACUAUAUUGUGCUGUGUUGCAUGUUGACAGAUUGCACAUGCAUGGUGUGCAAGCACAUGCUGCUCAGCCCCCUUGGCAUGCCACACGGGGGGCUGUGUUGCCUAACCCACCAUCCAACCUGCCUGCCCCACUCACCCCUGUGCAAGACCCUUCACAUGCAUGUAUGCACAUAUUGUCUGACAUGUUUGUAACGCAACCACAAG